AUGAUUCGUCUUUUAACUUUCGUAACGGUUUUCGUCAUUUUGUCUAGGGUUUUACUUCCGUCCAUUCCAAGACAAAAUAAUCAAAAGUUAUCAAUGUUUGCCAUACUAUUCAUUCUUCAACACUUUCUUGAUAUCACGAGUCCAUUUUAG